AUGGAGAUUUCAAAAAGACCACUUCAAGAUGAUACUGAUGUUGAAAGUAAUGAUAACUACAAGAAGAGCCGUAUUUCAGAUGUUUUAUAUUCAGAAUUGAAUACUGUUAAUAAGAAGAGAUUGGAUUUUGAUAUUGAGAAAAUAUGCAGCGUUACUUCUUCAUCAUUAAACGUGUAUUGUUGCCUGAUCUGUGGAAAGUAUUUACAGGGACGAAGAGAACACAGUCCUGCAUUUUUACAUUCCGUCAAUGAAAACCAUUUUGUAUUUAUUAAUUUAGAUACUCUUAAAGUUUAUAAUUUGCCAACUGACAUUGAAAUAAAGGAUCAAGGAAAAAUACAAUUGAUUAAUGACAUUCGGUAUGCCAUCUAUCCCAGAUUCGAUAAAUCUGAAAUUAUUCAUUUCCCUCAAAGAUGUUUUGAUUUGAACAAUAAAUUAUACAUCAAUGGUUAUGUAGGAAUCAGUAACGUUCAAAGUAAUGGUUUUGUGCAAAGUAUUUUACAACUUUUAGCACAUAUUGAACCAAUUAGGGAUUGGUUCUUGUUAAAUGAAAUAGAUUCCGAAGAAAGUUUCAUGAAAAAUAUUAAAUUGAUAAUAAGGAAACUUUGGUCUACAAAACUUUUCAAGUCACAUAUUUCUGCAGAUGAAUUUUUUGCAUUCCUUUCAAUUCAUGAGAAUUUUGAAAAAAUGAUCCAAGAUCCUAAAAUUUUUCUGCUGAAGAUUAUAAAUUCAAUUAUUAAAUCAUCUCAAGAAUUAGGCUUGAUAUUAAAGGAGCAAUUACUCGGAAAAGUAUCGAUAAGCACGAGUGCAAUUUCAGGUAAAGAAGCAAAUUCUAAUAAAGUGGUCAAAUCGCCAUUUUGGUUGUUAACUUUAGAUCUCCCAACUCAAACAGUAUUCAGAAAUGCAUUGGAGGUGAAUGAUCUCCCUCAAGUUAAGCUUGGAGAACUACUAAUAAAAUUUAAUGGCAUAAAUGAAUAUCCAACCUUGGGAGGAGUCAAAAAAUACAAAAUAUUAAAAUUACCAAGAUAUCUGAUAUUACAUUUCAAUAGAUUUGACAAUAAAGAAAAAACACCUGUAAAGGAUCGAAAUCAAACAUUAGUCGAGUUUCCAACAUUAAUGGAACUUCAAAAAACAAAAUAUCAGCUUAUAGCUAAUAUCAUCCAUGAACCUUUACAUGAGUUAUCUGUUGAUAACACUUCUAAUGAGGAUCUACAAAGCAAAUGGAAAGCCCAAUUAUUAAAUGAAAAAGAUGAACAAUGGUAUGAAAUUGACGGCACUGAAGUUAAGAUCAAAGAAAGGGAAUUACUAUUUUUAAGUGAGACAUACUUGCAAGUGUGGAAAAAAAUUACAGUAGAUUAG